UUGAAUACUAUACAAGCCUCCUUUUAUUCUCGCUGUUGUAUUCAACUAACAGCUCACUGGCUAAGUUUUAAUUGCUUCCAAUGAGGUCAGCAAAGGUAUUUAUCGAAAAGCCCUGAAUAAAAGGCUCACACAUACACACACAAGCACACACGCGCUCACACACAGAGAGAAAAUCCUCCUGCCUGUUGAUUUAUGGAAACAAUUAUGAUUCUGCUGGAGAACUUUUCAGCUGAGAAGUAGUUUGUAGCUACAGUAGAAAGGCUCAAGUUGCACAAGGCAGACAACAGACAUGGAAUUCUUAUAUAUCCAGCUGUUAUCAACAAAACAAAAGUCAAAUAGCAAACAGCGUCACAGCAACUGAACUUACUACGAACUGUUUUUAUGAGGAUUUAUCAACAGAGUUAUUUAAGGAGGAAUCCUGUGUUGUUAUCAGGAACUAAAAGGAUAAGGCUAACAAUUUGGAAAGAGCAACUACUCUUUCUUAAAUCAAUCUACAAUUCACAGAUAGAAAGAGGUCAAUGACCUAGACGUAACAAUCAACUCAAGAUUCAAUUUUCAUUAUGUUAUUCAUGAACACCCGGAGCACUACACUAUAAUGCACAAAUGGAUACUGACAUGGAUCCUGCCAACUUUGCUCUACAGAUCGUGCUUUCACAUUAUCUGUCUAGUGGGUACUAUAUCUUUAGCUUGCAAUGACAUGACUCCAGAGCAAAUGGCUACAAAUGUGAACUGUUCCAGCCCUGAGCGACACACAAGAAGUUAUGAUUACAUGGAAGGAGGGGAUAUAAGAGUGAGAAGACUCUUCUGUCGAACACAGUGGUACCUGAGGAUUGAUAAAAGAGGCAAAGUAAAAGGGACCCAAGAGAUGAAGAAUAAUUACAAUAUCAUGGAAAUCAGGACAGUGGCAGUUGGGAUUGUGGCAAUCAAAGGGGUGGAAAGUGAAUUCUAUCUUGCAAUGAACAAGGAAGGAAAACUCUAUGCAAAGAAAGAAUGCAAUGAAGAUUGUAACUUCAAAGAACUAAUUCUGGAAAACCAUUACAAUACAUAUGCAUCAGCUAAAUGGACACACAAUGGAGGGGAAAUGUUUGUUGCCUUAAAUCAAAAGGGGAUUCCUGUAAGAGGAAAAAAAACAAAGAAAGAACAAAAAACAGCCCACUUUCUUCCUAUGGCAAUAACUUAAUUGCCUAUGGUAUAUAAAGAACCAGUUCCAGCAGGGAGAUUUCCUUAAGUGGACUGUUUUCUUUCUUCUCAAAAUUUUCUUCCCUUUUAUUUUUUAGUAAUCAAGAAAGGCUGGAAAACUACUGAAAAACUGAUCAAGCUGGACUUGUGCAUUUAUGUUUGUUUUAAGACACUGCAUUAAAGAAAGAUUUGAAAAGUAUACACAAAAAUCAGAUUUAGUAACUAAAGGUUGUAAAAAAUUGUAAAACUGGUUGUACAAUCGUGAUGUUAGUAAUAGUAAUUUUUUUCUUAAAUUAAUUUACGCUUAAGAGUAUGUUAGAUUUGAUUAUCUGAUAAUGAUUAUUUAAAUAUUCCUAUCUGCUUAUAAAAUGGCUGCUAUAAUAAUAAUAAUGCAGAUGAUGUUAUAUAAGGUAUAUCAGACCUACAGGCUGCUGGCAGGAUUUGUCAGAUAAUCAAGCCACACUAACUAUGGAAAAUGAGCAGCAUUUUAAGUGCUUUCUAGUGAAAAAUUAUAAUCUACUUAAACUCGAAUCAGAAAAAAAGAAUAUUCUCAAAAAAAUCUAUUAUGAAAGUCAAUAAAAUAGAUAAUUUAACAAAAGUACAGGAUUAGAACAUGCUUAUACCUAUUAACAAGAACAAAAUUUCGAGUGCUGCUCAAGUGGAAAGGGUAUUGCUAAAAGGAUGUUUCCAAAAAUCUUGUAUAUAAGAUAGCAACAGUGAUUGAUGAUGACACUGUACUUCAUCUUUCUUGCCACAAAAUAACAUUUUAUAAUUCCUCAAAGUAAAAUUGAAAAAUCUUUAAGUUUUUUUCAAGUAACAUAAUCUAUCUUUGUAUAAUUCAUAUUUGGGAAUAUGGCUUUUAAUAAUGUUCUUCCCACAAAUAAUCAUGCUUUUUUCCUGUGGUUACAGCAUUAAACUCUAUUUUAAGUUGUUUUUGAA